GUCCUCUGACGCGUGGCUUUGCACAUUGUAAUGUUGCCUUCCGCCGUUUGGAUGCCUGGACGGAUCCGCAGACCCUUCUCUCUCUGUCGUUCUUGCGGGGAUCCGGAGUUCGUUCUUGAGGGGAUCUGGAGCGCUAAUGCUUGUCGGGUCUCUGGCGUCCUUUGUAAGGAGAACCUGUUUGUUCAGAAAGUUUGGUCCAGAACCAUGCCUGCUGGUAUAAGUUGGCCUAAGUACUUGAAAAUCCUUACUGCAACCAUGUUGUCCAUGCUUGCCGGUGCGCAAACCGUCCACAAAUUUUACAAACCUGACCUCACACCAGAAAUUCCUCCGGAAGCUGGGAAGCUCAGAACAGAACUGCCAAGUCUAAAAAAUGUGAAUGAGCCAGUUCAACCUUUACAACCACGAUCAUGAAAGCAUCAAUGUUGCAUCCUCCAUAAAGUGUUCCUUAGUAGGAUUUAUCAUCUGAUCGUGUACAAUUGGAAAAUCAUGUAUAUUUAAAAGGACUUAUUUUGUAUCUGUAUUGUUUUCUUGAGUCCAAGACUGCCUCCCCUACUGCCUGCUCCCCCCCCCCCCAAGGGUGACCCCCUGCUCAGCUAGUUAUUUCCCCUAAAAAAUUCUUUGCAGGAAGUAUUAUGUUUUGGAGGAUGCUGGGAUCUCUCUCUAUAUAAUAAGUUCAAUUACCAUUUAAAAAGCAAAUGUUUGGAAACGUUUUGCUAUAAGCCAAUUGAACAAGGUAUCCAUUUGAAGAUUUAGCCUCACUGCUGUACUGCAAUACGGUUUUCUGCAAAACAUCCUGUGUCAAAAACAUAGAAAUUUUAUUUCAGUGAUAUUUGUUCUUGACUAUUUUGAAUUUUCACAAUCAAUUUCUAAUAUUAAAUGCAAUGUUUAAAUAUA